UAUGCCAGCCUAUAAAAGCAACUUAGAAGUGCAAAUCAAAUAAGAUUAGAAACAAGGGAUGGGUCUAAUAGAUCAUGAAUAGACAGACACGUUCCCAGUGUGGAAAUUUCGAGGAGGUUCAACUACUAUAUAUGAGGAGAGUAAUAAUGAAAUGCAUUUUACAGAUUAAAUGUAUACCGAUAGCACUGAGAUGUAGCCUAAUAAGAAUGUGCUCUUGAAAGUGAGUAAAUAAAGUAAAGCAAAUCCAUAUAUCAUCAUUAUUAGAAAAUCAUUAUGAAAUCCUGUUGUCUGUAAUGCAGCCUCCAUUCAUGGUCGUUAAAGAUAUUAAAUCAUCCAAUGGAUCUGAAUAUCCUCUUGUAGUUAAUUCCAUUAUUCGCUUGGGAAGAGUGUACUAAUUAUAAACUAUUAAUUUAAAGUGAGUACAAGGUCAUAGAAGAACGUAAUAAACACAUGUAGACAUUUAAAGCUCCCUGCUCCAUUAAAGUAUUCAAAUUAGACUAUCAAAUUUUAGUCCUCCUUUCUCAGUGAUAACAAUCUGACAUAUUAAUGUAAGUUUUGUUUCAUGGAAGGAAGACAGAGCAAGGAUUAACUCUUUCUAACUAAUAUCUGUCGUUGUGCAGGUAAUGGAUAGGCUGUUCAUUUGGAAUGUCUACGUUAUUGGGUAGAUUCCAACAUAAUCAAGGAAGAAACACAAUUUGGUCUGACUCUUAAAUGGUUAUUUAAUACUUCAUAAUAGGAACAAGCAACAUGAAUGUUCUAUUUGUAAAGAAGGUCUUCCAAUACGUGUUCAGUAUGAAGAUGAAUAUUUUGAUCUUUUUACACUUGACAGACCUGAUUUGUAAUAUAUUCUUGUUGAAGUAUAGUCUCAUUAUUAUUAUUAGAACAUCAAUAAGGAGAAGAAUUUAUGCAAUGAAAUCUAUUUAAUCCAUAGUCUUCUUAUUGACAAUAUUAAAAUUGUAAUUCAAUUAACCCAUAUUCAAGGGGAGAGGAUUUUAAUGUGAUAUCAAAGCAUAAGACAUCACAGUAUCUAGACAUCAUGCUACAAUUAAAUUGACUGAUGGUAACUUUGUGAUUUAGGACAAUAAAAGUAAAUUUGGAACUUUGGUAUCUAUAGAUAAGAAAAUAUCUAUUGAUUGUGCUGCAUGUAGUUUGUAAAUUGGCAAAAUACUUAUCAAUCUUAUUUAGUCUGAUUAAAUUUAAAAAGGUAAGGUUCAAUUAAUGUAGGUGCUCCUUCAACCUAACACAAACUUACUUAACUACCUUAAAUAAAUAAAUAAUUAGAAGAAGAUGAACCCCAAAUGGAUGAUGAUUCUUUUCAAUUAGAAAAUAAAUGAA